AUGGCCAGCCUCACAGUAGCCGAGCCCUUUCCAGUCUUCUUGGUUGGCGGCCGCUACACGUUCUACGACGUUAACACCGUCAGCCAUGCGCGCCGCGUCCACAACAUCACUGGUGUCUUGAUCGGUGGCUUGCCUCAAGCACCACAACAGAACGUCUUCUUGGGUAUNCCUCUGGAGCUCAUGCCCGAAGAGGCACGUCUGUUGGUUGAGAAGGGUGUCGCAUACAUUGUCGACGAUGCCGCUGCCCACAAACAAGCAUUCGUUCAAGGCAACCUCAGUAAAGAGGAGAAGGACAAGUUCCUGCGCAGCUUGAAAAAGCAAGGCAGUGAUGCAACGAGGAUGCAGACCAAAAGUGCCGACGACAGGAAGAUCGCAGCAUUGAAAAAGGUUGCAGCNAAAAAUGCCACCUUCGCUGCCAAGCUUGAAAAAGAGCGCUCCGAGGCUGUCACUGCGGACGGCAAUGCUGCUGGAGAUGAUGAAGAAUCGCUNUUUUCUAGCCCUGCACCCAGUGCGCCUUCAAUCGCUCCUUCAGAGGCCUCUGUCGCGUCAUCUUCUGCUUCAACCAUGAAGAUUACACCUACAUCCUCACAUCCUCCUCUCACAUCUUCUACACCUUCAUCGCCCUUACCCCUACCUAAAGUCCCUGUCUCUUACCCAUUGUUCAAGCACCUCCACUCCAAAGGCUACUUCAUGGCCCCAGGCAUCAGGUUCGGCUGCAGAUACACAGCAUAUCCUGGUGAUCCACUGCGCUUCCACAGUCAUUUCCUGUGUGACGGCAUGGAUUGGGAUCAAGAGUUUGACUUGUUGACGCUGGUAGGAGGCGGUCGUCUGGGCACUGGUGUUAANAAAGGAUUUCUCAUUGGCGGUACAGAGGACAAGGAGUACAUUGAAGGUGAAGAAGAAGUUAGGGCCUUCUGUGUCGAGUGGGCGGGUAUGUGA